GAGGACAGCCGCGGGCUCCUCUGCCUGGGCCCUUGCCCCGCCUUGGCCUCCUGCUGCUCUUCCCCGGGGAAAGGCGGCCCAGGUGGGGCUGGGUUAAUCCUGGGAGCCGGGGCUGUCUCCUCCUCCUUGGCUUCCCCGGACCUCCCGCCUCCUCUUCCUCCUCAAAGCCUUCGCGGUCCCUGAUCCUUGGAGGGAGCCCUGGAGCUUUCCCGAGUUCCCCAGAUUCCUGGUUGCUCCCUAUCCUGGAAGAAAUGAAAGGAUUCCAGAUUCUGCUUCUUCAGACAUGAACUCCUCAGGACCCCCUGUGACCCAGCUGCCUGGAUCCCUGACCAAUGCUAACCACAUUAUGGAGGAUUGGAAUGACCUGGCGCCAACACCUGCUGAUGCAACCUCCUUGAGGGUUGGACUGCUGCACAAUGCCAACAACAAUGCUGCCUCAGGACCCUGGCGAACUUUGAAGAGCCCUUCCCUUUCUUCUUCUGCCUCCCACUCCAAACUGAGCUAUCUAGAGCGUGUGGUGUUGGAGAUUGUGGAAUCGGAGCGCAUGUAUGUCCGGGAUUUGCGAAGUAUUGUAGAGAAUUACUUGGGGAAGAUCAUAGACAUGCAAGAGCUGCUGUUGCGACCGGAACAAGUCAGUGCACUCUUUGGGAAUAUUGAGGAUAUCUACGAGUUAAAUAGUGAGCUCCUGCAAGAUUUGGACAGCUGCCAUAAUGACCCUGUUGCUGUGGCAAGAUGUUUUGUGGACAGGAGCCAAGACUUUGAUAUAUAUACUCAGUACUGCAAUAACUACCCAAAUUCUGUAGCUGCUCUGACUGAAUGCAUGAGGAACAAACAGCUGGCCAAAUUCUUCCGUGAGAGGCAAGAGCAAAUCCGUCACUCAUUGCCCCUUGGCUCCUACCUUCUCAAGCCUGUUCAGCGCAUUCUCAAAUAUCACUUGCUUCUUCAGGAGAUAGCAAAGCACUUUGACAUAGAAGAGGAUGGCUAUGAAGUGGUGGAAGAAGCAAUUGACACCAUGACCUGUGUGGCUUGGUACAUCAAUGACAUGAAAAGGAAGCAUGAACAUGCUGUGCGACUACAGGAGAUCCAGUCAUUGCUUAUUAACUGGAAAGGCCCAGACUUGACAACUUAUGGGGAAUUAGUUCUGGAGGGCACCUUUCGUGUUCAUCGGGUCAAAAAUGAGAGAACUUUCUUCUUGUUUGACAAGAUUUUGCUGAUAACAAAGAAGCGGAGUGAUCACUACAUAUACAAAAGCCACAUUCCAUGCUCUUCCCUGAUGCUGAUUGAGAGCACCCGAGACUCGUUGUGCUUCACUGUUACCCACUACAAGCACAACAAGCAGCAGUACAAUAUCCAGGCCAAAUCAGGGGAAGAGAAGAGGGUUUGGACUCACCAUAUCAAGCGUUUGAUCCUGGAAAAUCACCAUGCCAUCAUCCCUCAGAAAGCCAAACAAGCCAUCUUGGAAAUGGACUCAUACUAUCCUGCUCGAUACAAAUAUAGUCCUGAGCGGAUGAAGAAAUCCUGGUCAUGUCAACCUACAGAAGACAUUCCACAACAUGCCCGGCAAGGGCGUCGCCAGUCAGAACCUUUCCAUGGCAAAAGCAGUUCCCAGAAGUUCCUAGAAGGAUUCCACAGCUCUGCCAUGGCAGGGCUGAAUGGCCGCAGAAGAUCGGAGCCAACAAAACAGAUCCUCAAGCAACUGAACAACAAAGCAAAUCUGGCAAUAGGACUAAAGCAUGCAGAUAGCGAUGGAGCCCUUUUGGAGUUUGGGGAACCCACACAGCCCCUUGACAACCAGGAAGAGGAGGAUCUGCAGACCCUUCCCCAGGAAUUUGCAGAAGAAUUGGCAGAAAGUGAUGGCAGUGAGAAGGAGAUGGGGCCAGAGGAAGAAGAAGAGGAGGAAGAGGAAGAAGAGGAUGAGAGGCUGGUAGGAACGGAGCAAGUGGCAGACUUUGCAAGCUCCUUGAUGGCAGUCCUCCACUGCUGGCACUAUCGGGCCAACGCUUUGCUUUUCUCCUGGGGCAGCACGAGCAAAAACCACAAGGCACAGGAAGGGUCCAAGCAAUGCCAAUCUCCAGCCAGAGGUGAGAAAAACAGAGUCAUGGAGACUGUCUCAUCUGUACCAAAGGCUCAAUCAGCCAUGGAGCUCAAUAGGAUGAUGGAGGUUUCUUCCCACAAGGAGCAUCCUGAAGAAAGCCAUUCAGACCCAGAGCCAGUGGGGACUCUGGAGCCUGUCCUAGAACGUCAGCAUGAGAAUCAGGGUCAGAGUUUGGAUCAUCUGGAGCCAACAGGACACAUAGAAGAGAUGAAGCCACUUAGCAGUGAGGAGGAAGAAGAGGACGAGGAAGAAGAGGAAGAGGAUGGCCGUGCUGCCCAGUCCAGGAGCAUUCUCCCUUUCUCUGUGCUGGAUCAGGCGAGCAUAAUUGCAGAACGCUUUGCCAGCAGCCUCUCCCGGCGCAGCAGCUUGGCUCUUGAGGAAGGGAAGGGCUACCUGACCCCAAAGCUGACCAGCCGGAGCAACAGUGUCUUGAGCCUGGAAGGUAGUGAAAAGGCCACUUGCCGCAACAAUAGCAGCAACUGUGCCGCUGCCACUGAUUCUCAGGGCUACCUCCCACUGCAAGAGCCCUCAGUGGAGUUCAGCAAUGCCUGCAGUGGGGCAGCCUCACCAGGGCUCAUUGAGCCUGACCGGGGCUCCUCAUGCAGACGGAAGGAGUUCAUGCUGUCCCAGCAAGACCGGCAGCUGCUGGACAAGAUCAAGAGCUACUAUGAUUAUGCUGAACAUCAGGACGCUGGCUUCAGUGUCAGGCGGAGAGAGAGCCUCUCUUACAUUCCCAAAGGGCUGGUGAGGAAUUCUGUCUUCCGGAUCAACAGCCUCCCGCAGCCGGAGCCUGAACAGGAGGUGCUGAAGAGGAAGCAACCAGGCCCCUUGGGCAGCAGCAGUGGGGCUGGCCGGACAGCAGCCUGGGUGUUGUCGAAUAGGCCAGCUGUUGGAUCACAUGCCCCCCACUCUGAAAUGAGACAUGAUGAAAGGUCUGCACCCAUCACAGAAGCAGAGUUCAGGCCGCCUGCUGAGAUGAUCAAAGUCUGGGAAGCAAUGGAGAAGCCAAGGAGAGAGGAGCACUGGACUAGGAGGGGAGAGGAUGUCACCAGGCUGGGCAAGGCAAAUGGGCAGGUGACUGGCGGCACCUCUGUACGGCACACGGAGCCUUGUUUGCGAGGCAGGCUCAGGAGGCAGGAGAACGGCUUGGACCUUCAUGAGCCCCUACUGAUCCUGGAGGAUGAGGAUUUGGGGGCCAUAACAGAGGAGUCAGCUGUGCCGUCCCCUGAGAGCAAGUCACCUGUGGAGCAGGCCUUGCCCUCUCGCUUGCCCUGGAAACUUAUGCAAGAGCUAGAGGGUUGUGAGCAAGAUCGGGGUCUCUCUCGGUUGCAUCCCCGUAUCAUGCAGCUGGCCCAUCUGACAGAGGCAGAGCUGGCAGAGAAGGUAAAGAACAAGGUGUACCAGCUUGCCCGCCAGUACAGCCUUCGCAUCAAGGGCCACAAGCCCACAGUGCACAGGCGGCUUGCGGAAAUGGAGGAGGAGAUGAAAAGCAAUGCCUUGGCAGAUCAGCAGGAGGCAGAUAAGAAAGCAAAGGGCAAACAGAGGCCAGUCUUGACCCUCAAUUAUGAACAAGUUUUGCUGCAGGAGGCCAGUCCACUGAGCCUACUCUCUUCCGCUUCACCACAUGAGAACAAAUCGCCAAAGCGCUUCUCUUACAGCCCCUGCUCCAGCAGCCCCCAUCUCACUUCCCCCACCAGCACCCUCUCACGCAGCCCCCUCAGCCCCACUGUGGCUGAGAAGUUCCACUGGCCUGAUGUGCGGGAGCUGAGGUCCAAGUAUUCCUGUCAGGCUGGGUCAGAGAAGAGUAGGCCCCUGCCUGUCAACAGGAGCCGCUCAGCACCUGAGAAAAUGAUGGAUACUGACAGGGUGCAGGGGAAUCACCAGUGCUCAAAGAAGAACAUGAAAACAAGUAUGAAAUCUCAGCAAGGGGUGAUACAGAGCAACAGAAGGGAAGCUUCACAUCAUUCCAUCCCCAAGGAUCAGGCCCUUGAUGCUCAGAAGGAAUUUUGUGUCACAGCUGAGGCCUCUCUGGAGAACAGCCAGCGGGUGAUUGUCAUGGAGAAGUUGCCAGAUGUGACUGUUGAACCAGAUGAGAGCUAUGUGCAGAUUCGUUCCCCUACUUCUCGGGAGAAGAUCUCACUCAAGGCUGUGGUGGAGCGAUGCAAGGCCUACCAGGACUCAGAGGAAUACCUCAGGCGGGAGGAGGAUGCUCAAGAAGUGGCCCCUAGAAAAGCACUUCAGCAGGUCUGGUGGGACAAAACAGACAACAGCCAGCAAAGCCUGGUAAAGAACCUGAGGGAGAAAUUCCAGACCCUUAAUUCCAGCAGUUGAGCACCUACAUUUCUUGGUUUCACACCUCUAAAGUUCUUCUCCUAACUAGGGAGAUUUUGGAAUAAGCCCACGAAGAAGACCCUCUCAUUUCUCUUCUGCUUCUUGGGAAGGACAAAGAUAUAUCCUUUCUGAAGUUUGCCACUUGGAUUCCUGUUCAUUCAUUGUACUCCAUCAUAUGUGGACAGUUCCCUAGAUACUGGGUCCUUUUUAAAAGAGCUCUCUGCUGGUUUUGAAUUCUGAGCAGAGCUCUCCUUAAGCAUUGCAGUGACCUGGACAUAGUCCUUGCCAGACCUUGUUGGGCAGCCUAUCUCCUAGAAGCAUUGGGAAGCUUCCAAUUAAAGCAGACAGGGCAUAAAUCAACCACUAGUAGGGCCUGCUGUGGAAUGAUGUAUUCUUCUCUUUGGGGUCAGGUGUGUUUAGGAAGUUCUAAUUUUGCAAAGCCAGUACAGAAAUGAAUGAAUGAGCCUUCUAUUUCUCAGUUGCAUAGGAGAAUAAGUUAUUGCUCCUAGAUCCUUCACUUUUUUUUAAGAAUGUAAUUUUAUUCUGGUUGGGAGAUUUGGUUGGUUCCACAUCUCCCCAUUUGAGAACAUAGAAUCUAAUAAUACUGGUUGUUUAUGCCAUUCAGUCUGUAUGCACUGUGCAAUAACCACUUUUGACCAGAGACUAUGGCAUUGGCUUCUUCACUUGGGGACUGGGAUCACAUUGGAAAAGAUUGAAUUCCUUGGAUUUUGCAGUGACUUUCAUGGUACAAUUUUGCAAGUCUACAUGGGUAAGAUUGAUGAGGAUUAGUCACAGGUCUCUCCAAGGUCAUGACCACUAGCAUGAACAAACACUGUUGUGGAGCGAAUCCACUAUGGUGCUAGCAUUUUCCAAGUCCCAUAACAUGACACUUGGAGGACUUACACAUCCCUAAUCCAGCUUCCUAGAAUAAUAAAUACCUUAGGUAGAGCAUUUCUAUGGGGUAGGAGAUGGAGAACACAGAGGAAUCAUUUUCCUUUUAAUUCUUGAUGGAUUCAUGCUAGUAGGGCAAAAAGUAAUAGCACUCAUUCCCAUUUUCUGUUGUGAAAUUUUAAAAAAUGUUUUCCCUCUCCUGGAUAUUCAAUGGGAGGGGAACAUCACCAAAUUCUGGUGCUGGCAUCCUCCCCACAGGCUGAUUGUAUGUUGGGUGAACAGGAAGGCUUGGAAUCCUGCAAUAGCCUCUCCUAGAAUGCCUCUCUUUUGCCCCAUUUGACCUCACACUGCUGGUGCAUUAGUUGCAGACUCUUCCAUAGGAAGGACACUUGGGAAACCAGUUUUUGUUCUCCCAGUGCAAACUUUUCUAUUUGCUAUCUCAGAACAUCUCACAAGUCCUACGGUCCCGUAGACGGGGUUCUGGGUAUCAUAAGACGUCAAGAGUUAAGACCUUUGUAAGAUCAACACUUUCAAAAGUGGGACUUUUGGCCAAAGGGAGUAUACAGUCCCAGCAACCAUUUGGGGAGAUGUGACAGCUGGUUAGUCUUCCUAUAAUACUAUGUGUUCAUGAAACAGAUGGUGCCACCAAAGGUGGGGAUGAAUUUAAAGUGUAGGUAAUCCCCAAAAUGGGAUGCUGCUGCUGCAUCCGUAGUACAAUGGUGUCAGGAAGGUGGGUGCCGGGUUGAACAUUCUCCCAAGAGCAUGGUUUUUGCAAGGUAAUUUUUAUGUUGCAUUGUCCUAAUAACAGUACCCUUGUAGUGCUGUUUUCUGUGCACUUAAACCACUCCACAUGUGGUCACAUAAAUCCAUGCCACAACUCUAAAAGGUAUGUAGUAUUGUCUCUAUAUUUCAGAAGUGGUGGCUUAGGGAAGGGCUUGUGGUAAAAUUAAGAGUUGAGCUGAGACUUGAAGCAGGACUUUGCCAAUGAUAACAUAGUUGCAGAAAUUACACACACACACACACACACAAAUCGAGGAGGCUAGAAAGGUUUAUUUCUUCAUUUAUUUAAAAAAUGUAAUUAAAUUGCUUCUGAAGCACAUUCUGAAGCUUUAGCUCUUUUUUUCUGGACAGUGGAAGCACAUUGGAGCAGGUGGAACUUGGUGCCUAGCCGUUAAAAAGAGUAUUAACCCCAAUCCCUUGAACCUAUAGAAGAGAUCCUGGGCUCCUGCAGCUGUUCUCCUCAUCUCCAAGAAACAGCUCUCGCUGUUCUGAAGCAAACAUGUUCUGGCCCUAGUUUGAUGUGAAACUCCCUUCUAACACACCCUGACCUCUGCAUCAGUGGGGCCAUCGAAAGCUAAGCCUGAUGAGAGAGCAGCUGGACAGAGGUGAAGUCACUUUCCAGAUCAAGCCUUCUAAGAAGGAAGAGCUGGGCCAAGCCAGGCAUGGUGAGGCUGCAAGUCACCAGAGAGCAAAUGGUUCCUAUUAAGUUACAGUAAUGUUCCUGGUCUGUAAUGGGCAGGAGCACAACACAGUGAGACUUAGUGGCACAUAGGCAACUGUACUCAAAAUCCUGCCAAGCUGAGACCAACUCUCUGAUGGGUCUGAUGGCAGCAGAGCCUGUGAAGGGUCACUUCCAAUUAACACAGAGGCAGUUCAAUGUUCACACAGCAGGAAUUGUCUUAAAAGAGCGUUUUAGCCUAGCUUUGUGUUUUUAGUUUAUGGAAAUGAGUGUUUCACUGUACAGUAAACUCAACAGUGACUGGUGAAAGUAACUUCUAAGAAAAGAAGUGAUGGCUGAGCUUCUAUCCAUAACUCCUGUGAAAUGAAGUUGUAAAUCAUUUUGUAGAAGUGCAGCUGGGUAGCCUGUUCAGUCAAGGCUUCUCUUCCUGGUGGCAUUUCCAAGAGAAUCAACUUAGUCCAUCCCAAUUUUAAUGUGCUUUAUUAUUUUACAUUAAAAUAAAAUCCUAAAGCUGUA